AUGGGUUCUAUUAGUGCAACCAGCCAAACCACUGCAAAACAGAGCAGAAUGAGGGCGUGGUGGAAAGAAAGCACUGUCUAUCAGAUAUAUCCUGCAUCUUUUAAGGACUCCAGUGGAGAUGGCAUCGGUGACCUCAAGGGAAUUAUUUCCAAACUUGACUACAUCCAGGGACUUGGCGUGGACAUUGUUUGGUUAAACCCGAUUUUUAGCUCUCCCCAAGUCGACAUGGGGUAUGACAUCUCCGACUACUACGACAUCCAUCCACCCUAUGGAACGAUGGAGGAUGUGAAUAUGUUGGCCGAGGGUCUUCAUAAGCGAGGAAUGAAAUUGCUGAUGGAUCUGGUUGUUAACCAUACUUCAGAUCAGCAUCCUUGGUUUCAAGAGGCGAUCUCUUCGGUCUCCAAUCCGCGUCGUGACUGGUAUAUUUGGAAGAAGCCGAUAGUAGGAGAAGACGGCAAGCCCCAGCCACCCAACAAUUGGAGUUCAUAUUUUGGAGGAAGUGCAUGGGAAUACGACGAGCGAUCUGGAGAAUAUUACCUCCACCUGUUUGCCAAAGAACAGCCGGAUCUCAACUGGGAGAAUGUCGAAGUGCGGAAAGCAGUUCAUCGUAUCAUUCGGUUCUGGCUGGAGAGGGGUGUUCAUGGCUUCCGCAUGGAUGUGAUUAAUUUUAUCAGCAAGGACCAGAGUUUCCCUGAUGCGGCGAUUGUUAGCAACUCCAGGUGGCAGAAUGGGUCAGCACACUACGCAUGCGGACCAAGGCUCCACGAAUAUCUUCAGGAGAUCGGUGCAAUUCUCAAGGAAUACAAUGCUUUCUCGGUUGGAGAAAUGCCCGAAGUGAACGACUAUGACGAAAUCCUCAAGGCUGUUGGUUUUCAACGUGGCGAGCUGAACAUGAUCUUCCAUUUUGAGAUUGUUUCUCUCGAUCAUGGUGACGGCGGCAAGUUUACUGCUAAAGAUUGGAACAUGCAGGAGCUAAAGUCCGUGGUAUUGAAGUGGCAGAAGUUCAUGCAUGAGAACGAUGGAUGGAAUGCGCUAUAUCUUGAAAACCAUGACCAGCCCCGCAUUGUCUCGCGAUUUGGCUCGGAUCAGCCGGAGAAUCGUGAACAGUCAGCUAAGAUGCUGGCGGCCUUCCUGGGCUUCCAGAGCGGCACCUUGUUCAUAUAUCAGGGCCAGGAAUUGGGAAUGCCGAAUGUGCCCAGGAAUUGGGGGAUUGACCAAUAUCGGGAUAUCGAAACGUUACAUCAUUGGAAAGAGGUCGUCUCCGAAGGACUGGCAGACCCAAUCGUCUCCCUUGGAGAGUACAGGUUGAAGUCUAGGGAUAAUGCGCGCACCCCAAUGCAAUGGGAUGCGUCAGUAAAUGCGGGCUUCUCGACCUCAACGCCAUGGAUUUCUGUCCAUGAUGACUACCAGAAAUUCAAUGCGGCCUCGCAAAUAACUGAUAAACACAGCGUGUAUCACUUUUGGAGCACAAUUCUAGCUCUACGAAAAUCACUUCCUGAUCUUCUCGUGUACGGAUCCUUUGAUCUCAUUUCUAGUGAGCAUCCGGAUAUGCUCGGUUAUAUGCGAGUUUCAGAUAGCGGUCGAGUGGCAGUAGUUGUCGCCAAUUUUCGUCCGUGGGCUGUCGCAUGGACUCCCCCGCAUUUCAGUAAUAUCGGAUCUGGGGAAAUUGUUUUGACAAAUUACCCUGGUCGCCGAAGCCUACGGUGCAUCUCCGAAGAGCCGCUCAAUCUCGAGCCAUUGGAGACAUUUCUGUGGCUUCAAGACAUGGAGGAGUCGUCACGCUUGUAA